GGGGUAGACUUCGCAAGUUUUCGCUCAUUGCGAUCCACAUGUCACCUGCGCCCUUGGACGCAAAAACUUUCCUCAUUGAGUACACAUAUCUCGCGGCCAUGAUCCAGUGUUUACUCUUGGCCUCCCGGCUUCGCAGACUUUUUUGCGGCGAAGUUCUUUGCGCAGAACGACGAUUGUCGACAGUUCCAUCUGAUCUUGACGGAACAGAACACGAUUCCUAGCAAACCGCAGCCAUGAGCGGAGCAAGCUCGGCUCGAAAAGAGCAACAAUACAGUCCAGAUACUCGAGCAAUACAUGCAGACGAUGGGCUGAACCAAAUCACGGAUGUUGCGCCAGCUCUGCACGUGUCAACUACGUUCAGGUACGACAACACAAAUCUAAAUCCUACAGGCGACGAGGAGCUCGACUUUCUGGCAGCACCACCAGUAUAUUCGCGACUCGCUAGCCACAACACCACCCGUAUUGAGGCAAUAUUAUCGAGUCUUCUCAAUGGCCACGCAAUAACAUACAGCUCUGGACUCAGCGCUUUCCAUGCAAUGCUUGUGUAUUUGCGUCCUCGGGCAAUCGUCAUCGGCGAGGGCUAUCAUGGAUGUCAUGGCGUGAUCGACAUAUGCACAAAGCUAUGGGGACUGAAGAAGAUCUCGCUCUCUGACGAGAGCGCCUGGUCCUCUCUAGAAAAGGGGGAUAUCAUACACGUCGAAACGCCUCUCAAUCCUACAGGCGAAGCUCGAAAUCUAGAGUACUACAGGCGGAAGGCCAACGAGAAAGGUGCCUAUCUGACUGUGGACGCGACCUUUGCACCUCCUCCGCUCCAAGACCCUUUUGCACAGGGCGCGGACAUAGUCAUGCACAGCGGUACCAAAUAUUUUGGAGGACACAGUGAUAUGCUUUGUGGUGUUCUAGCAGUGCCAAGGGAUAAGAGAGAGUGGCUGGAUGGGCUUUGGAAGGAACGUAUGUAUCUAGGCAGUGUAAUGGGCAACAUGGAACAGUGGCUUGGCGUCCGUAGCUUGCGGACACUUGGGCUUCGCGUGACGAGACAAAGCCAAAAUACUGAAGCUCUCGUACAAUGGCUGCACGAACAGAUGAAGAAGGCGGACAGCCCGGUUAGCAAGACGGUCAGCAGACUGCAACACGCGUCGCUGCAGAAGGAUGACAUGACUUGGAUCAAGAAGCAGAUGCCUGGUGGCUUUGGUCCCGUGUUUUGCCUGUGGAUGAGAGACAGAGAGACCGCAAAGUCCCUGCCUGGCAAGCUCCGUCUAUUUCAUCACGCCACCAGCUUGGGCGGCGUAGAGAGCUUGGUAGAAUGGCGUAGGAUGAGCGACCAGACGGUAGAUGAGAGAGUGGUGAGAGUUAGCGUAGGAAUCGAAAACUGGGAAGACCUUAGAGAUGACAUGGCGAACGCAUUCGCACAGCUUGUCUAGACUUAUGUACUUGUUGUGAGAGCUGACCUACUCGGAACAUCACAUCACAAGCUCUUGUCGGUCGUUCGAGGCGGUAGUCCCAAGUCCAGCCUCAGAACACAAAAUUACAGCAAUGUCUCGUUUCUCACGUAGUAGACUCUUUGGUGGUUGAAAUUACGUGCGAAGAUCAGAGAAAAGAACCCGUGUGCGAGAUUCUCCGAGCGAUUCAAGUUUGGCAUACUUGAUCUUCGUAUCAACAGACCUCUGAUUCAUGGGGGAAAGACGGACAAGCCACGUUCUUCACGCAAUUCCUCGCUGAGAUUGCGAGGGCGUGAUAUUUGAAAUGUUCAGGCACAACUU